CUCCGAAAAUACGGAUAAAUUAUUAUGGCUAUUUUGGGUAUUUUUGUGGCAAAAAUUUGGACACAAUUACUUUGAGGUCUUUCUAGCAACACCGACAAAUGAGAAACAAUGAUCAUGAAUAUUGAUUUUCUUUGCUCUUUGCUUUUAUUCGCUUUAACCUCUUUCGAAAAAAACACAACAAGGAGCAGCAACCAAGAAGGAAGACUUCGUACGUUGGCUCGAGUGGUAGACAAUGGAAACUAAACAAAAAACAUAUGGCCGAAAAUAAUAAAUGUAAAAAUAAAUACUAUAUUUAGUUUGUGGUAUGACUUCGGAGUGUAAAGACGUUGUUUAUUCUUUUUAUCAAUAGACCGAACGAUCCAUUCUGCUGCUUUGUUUUUGUUUUGGUUUCUUAUGGUUUUAUUAUUGUUUUGUUUUUGUUUUCUUUAAAUUUGUGCUGACUACUGAAUUUUUUUUUACGAAAAUUAAAACAAAAUAUAUAUUUUUUAAAUAAAAGAAAAUUUGUAUAUAUUGUUAAAAGUGAGUGUGAUCGAGUGAGUGCGACAGUGAGUUGAGUAAAGAGUGGUGGAUUCAGUGUAUGUGUUUAGGUAGGGGAGAAUUUUAUGAUCGUUGCUUAAAUAUAUUAAGUAGAGAUAAAGUAGCAUUUGAAAAUCAACAAACAACAACAACAACGGCAACAGUGUGUUAAUGAUAAUAAUCAUUUCGGAAAAAAAAGUAUUAAUAAAAAUGUAAUCAUAUCAUAAAAUGAUAUUUUAGCCGUUAUUAUUAAAGCCAAAUACCAACGAGUUAAUAAUUUUUAAACACCAAUCAGUUUUAAUAUUUAACGCUUUUGUGAACAACACACAUUGUUUCCAAUUGAAAAAAAAUUUCAAAAAAAAAUUUAAAAUAAAAGAAAAUUUUCUACGUAAGCGAAACAACAAUAACAAGAAAAGUAAAUUUAAAGAAAUAUUCCCAGCUUUUUUUUUUGUUUAAAUGUUAUCGACACGUUCAUCGUCAGCAACAUACAACAAAUUAAGUUAAAAUAUAUAAUUAACAAAAAUAAGUUAAUAUAAUAAAAGCUACCAAAAAAAAAAAAAAAAAAACAAAAACGUCUACAAAAUAAACAACAAAAUUUUAAAAUACUAUGAUAAAAUACUUAACAAAAAUACUUGCAAAUUAACCAAAAAAAAACCCUAAAUUUAACAAUUUACUUAAUGAUAACACAAAAAAAAACUUCAUAAAAAAUAGAUAUAAAAUCUAUAAACCAUAAAUAAUUGUCUAUAAGUUAAUAACGUUUUUAGUUUCCUGAAAAAAAAAAACUAAAACCACAAUUUUAAAUCCAGAGAAAAAAACUGCAAUUUUCAAAUAAACCAAUUCGAGAAUAGUACGAGACAACAGCCGCGCUAAAACAGACAAAGGAAUCAAACUAAAAGACUGACACAAAACAAUUGAGUGAAUGAGGGAGUGAAUGAAUGAAUCAUGUUUCUACAGACUAAAAAGUAUUCAAUUUGAGCCAGACACCAGAUACUCUCGCUAAAGUAAAGAAAAAAUUCCUUAAUUAACAAAAAAAGUGUUUUGUUUUUAAAGAAAAUGUUAAAUAAUAUUUUACUUACAUUUUGUAAAUGUUAAAUUAAAAAAAAGUGAAAAUUUUUUAAAAAUAAAUACAAAAACUUAAAAAUAUAAAAACAUAUAUAUUAAAACAAUAAAAUGGCCGAAUCUAAAUAUAUUUCAAUACCCACCUCAGAGACCAACAACACAACCUACGACAUGCAUAAUAGUAGUUCAGUUAAAGGUGAAACUGAUGACACUGAUGUCAUAACCCUAAAUAUUCUAACAAUGUAUAAUAAUGACAACAAUUCCACGUCUAUGCCUCAAACUCGUUCGACGGCGACGACCACACCUACAAUAUCAACCACCAAAAGACUAUUUUCGAGAAAACCAAAAAAUUUACAUUUAAAAAUUUCAUCUCCAUCGGUGGAAACGGAAAAUGAUAGUUUGUCAAGUGAUAAAUUUAAAUCAGCAACAGCAACAACAACACGAAAUAAUUCUACCUCCUCAACGACACCGUCAACAUCGACAGCAACAACCACAUCCAACUCUAUAUUUCCCCACGAACAGAAUAGAACGAGUAAAAAACUGAAUAUUGGUUUUGAAAAUAUACGCUAUACGGCGCAUAUGGGAUUUUUUCGUAGAGACACCAAAAACAUACUCAAAGGCAUAACGGGUCAAUUUAAAGCCGGCGAACUGAGCGCCAUUGUAGGACCAUCAGGUGCGGGGAAAAGUACUUGCCUUAAUAUACUCUCAGGAUAUACAGCCUUCGGUUAUAGCGGCGAUGUGACGGUUAAUGAUUAUAUACGUGAUAUUAAAACUUUCAAACCCAAUGUGGCAUUUAUAACACAGGAUACAAGUUUACAUCCGUAUUUAACGGUCAAGGAGGCCAUGCAUUUUUCGGCUAAUUUGAAAAUCGGUACCCAUAUGAGUAAAUGUGCUAAAAGAGAAAGGGUUAAAAAGAUUUUAGAAGCUAUUGGCAUGUAUGAGAAUCGUCAUACCAGAACGUCUCAAUUGUCGGGCGGCCAACUAAAGAGAUUAUCCGUUGCCUUAGAAUUAGUAAAUAAUCCACCGGUGUUAAUUUUAGAUGAACCAACGAGUGGCCUGGACAGUUCCACCUCUAACCAACUAAUAUCAUUACUUAAAAAACUGGCCCUAGAAGGACGCACUGUCAUCUGCACCAUCCACCAACCGAGUGCUUUAACAUUUGAAAUGUUUGAUCAUUUAUAUGCUAUAGCAGAUGGCUGUUGUAUAUAUUCAGGAGGGACACAAAAUCUGGUGCCGUUUUUAGCAGAUGUAGGACUACCAUGUCCAGAGUCAUAUAAUCCAGCAGAUUAUUUAAUGGAAAUCGCCACCGAUGACUAUGGACAGCAAAAUGAGAAAUUAAUAGCAAAAAUAGAAAAUGGCCGUAAUAACAACUAUAGACAAACCAAAGCGGCCAGAAAAAAGCAAUUAGAAGCCAUGCAAAAAGUUGACAAAAUGAUGGCAGCUGGUCUGAUGACACCUGUCAUGGCUCCCAUCUUUACACCUGCCUGCAAUAGUAACAAUUCUAGUCCGGCGCCUAAUGGCCAUUGCCCCACCGCCACCUACCCAAAUCACUCUAAUCAUUAUACAAAACCCCUAACACCGAUCAAAGAAAUGUCCUCACGUAUCGGCAAUAGUAAAGGGAUUUUAAAUGAAUCCAACGAUAACAGUACUACCGACGACACUGGAUGCUGUAAACAGUUGGAAUCACCUAAAUUAUGUAAAAGCGAAAAUAUCUAUGCCACACCAUUCUAUCGUCAAUUGGGUAUUUUGCUGCUGAGAACAUUUUUAAUAUUGUGGCGCGAUAAGUCGCUUACAACGAUACGUUUUAUUAUACAUUUAGUAACGGCUCUAUUGAUCGGCUGCCUGUACUAUGGCAUAGGCAAUCAGGCGGAAAAUGCAUUGAAUAAUUUUCGUUAUUGUUUCUAUUCGAUAAUGUUUAUAAUGUACUCGGCAUUUUCAUCAAUUUUAGUGAAAUUUCCCCUAGAAUUUCCCAUUGUCUCACGAGAACACUUUAAUCGUUGGUACUCGCUACGAGCUUAUUAUGUGGCCAUAACAUUAGCAGACAUACCCAUACAGUUCGUAUGUACCUCAGUGUAUAUAGUCAUUACCUAUAUAUUAACCGAUCAGCCCCGGGAUGUAUUUCGUGUGGUAUUAUUUUGUGUGAUAAUAUUUUUAACCGCUUUAGUGGGACAAAGUAUAGGAUUAGCUGUAGGAGCUUCAUUAAACAUAAAGCUGGCUGCCAUUUUGGGUCCCUUUUUCAUCUGCCCCUUUUUAGCCUUUUCCGGUUUCUUUCUACAAGAAAAGCACACUCCAGAACCAUUGCAAUGGAUAUUUAAAACCUCAUUUCUAAAAUACAGUUUAGAUGCCUCCGUCUUGUCCAUAUUCGGUUUUGAUCGACCACGUUUAGAGUGCAAUGCCAUGUAUUGUCAUUAUUCGAGACCGAAAGUAUUUCUUAAAGAUGUCGAUAUGCUGAAUGCUAGUUAUGAAACGGCCAUUAUAUUUUUAGUUUGUUUAUUUUUAGCUUUACGUAUUAUAUCAUUUUAUAUAAUGUCCUUUAGAUUGAGAUUAUUUAGAUAGAGAUGAAUUACUAAAACUAUUAUGAGAAUUAUAAAAUUUUAAUUAAAAACUGAGACAAAGGUUUACUGAACAAUAGAAUAUUAAAAAAAAACGAAUAUUAAUUUAAACAAAAAGAAAAACUUGGUUUCUAAUAAAACUUUUUAAUUAAAAAAAGUUUUAAAAGUAUUCAAAGACAACAAAGGAAAUGAGAAAAACUAGAAUUCUUCACCCAAUAAUUUCCAAACAAAAUUAAAGAAACUAAUGGUUGUUUAAUCACAAAUUAGAAUUUAAAGCUUAAAAUAAAUAUGAACAAACGCCCCCCAUAGGUCAAAUCGGACAUCUAUUAUAAGCAAUUCGAGGUCUGAGUUUGAUCUUUGUAAAAAAUUUACUUUAAAUAAUUAAGUCUGUACAUCAUUGCAAUAAUUUUUUUCUUACACGAUUAAUAACCUAUAAUAAUUACUAAAAUUAUUAUCAAUAAUUUUUAUUAAAAUUCUUAUAAAAUUUUCUAAUUAAUUUUUUGACUAUUUUAAACAUUCCAAGGAAUUAAAAACUAUAAUUUAAAUAGUUGAUUUAUUUCUUACUCUGUAUAUUUUUAGUAAUUGUGCCAAAGUUUUUAUUUUGUAUUUUAUUUCUAAUUGUAUUAUAGUUUUUUUGUUUUGUUGUAAAAAAAAAAUGGGAAUUUUAUAUAUAAAAUAUGUAAUUUAAGUUAUUUCUUUUGAUAUGAGAAUUUUUUAUAUAUAAUAAUUAGUGUAAAACAUGUAAAUCAACAACUAUAAAGAGAGAGUGAUAAAAUAAUUGUACUAAUUUGUUAAGUGUAAUUAUACGAUUAAUUUUUUUUUGCAAAUAAAGUAUUAAAUUUUAAU